UUAAUCUCCUCGUCUUGCUAGCUUUGCUCUCGUGCCACUCUUUCAAAAAAGUCUCUUCUUUCUCGUUUGCUUCCUCUUUUAAUUUGUAAUCUCAGAAGAAGCAAUCUCUCCUUGACUCAAGUUUCUAUUUUUUUUUUUCAAUCUCCGAGAAACCUUCAACUCUGUCUUGUCGUCUAGUCACAUUUGAAUUUUUUCCGAGGAGAUUUUAGUCUCAGCUUCUUCUUCUUCUUCUUCCUAUGCAAUCGUCGUAUGAAUCUACUGAAAUCGAGUAGAACAUGGCGAAUCGUGGUUAUAACUUGCAGGAGUUUGUGGCACAUUCUGGAAAUGUGAAUUGCCUAAGUAUCGGAAAGAAGACAUCACGUCUCCUUCUAACCGGUGGAGAUGAUUAUAAGGUCAACCUUUGGUCUAUCGGCAAGACCACUUCGCUAAUGAGUCUUUGUGGGCAUACAAGCGCAGUUGACUCAGUAGCUUUCAACUCGAAAGAAGUUUUGGUGCUAGCUGGAGCUUCUUCAGGUGUGAUAAAGCUGUGGGAUCUACAAGAAGCAAAGAUGGUUCGAGCUUUUACUGGACAUAGAGCCAACUGUUCUGCUGUUGAGUUUCAUCCAUUUGGUGAAUUUCUUGCAUCCGGAUCCAGUGACACAAAUCUAAGAGUUUGGGAUACCAGAAAGAAGGGGUGCAUCCAAACAUACAAGGGUCAUAAUCGUGGCAUUACCACUAUCAAGUUUAGUCCUGAUGGUCGUUGGGUAGUUUCUGGAGGACUUGACAAUGUUGUAAAGGUAUGGGAUUUGACUGCUGGAAAGCUCUUGCAUGAGUUUAAGUUUCAUGAAGGACCUAUCUGUUCCCUAGACUUCCAUCCGCUUGAGUUUCUCCUAGCCACAGGUUCUGCUGACAGGACUGUGAAAUUCUGGGAUUUGGAAACGUUUGAACUGAUUGGAUCUACUAGACCAGAGGCUACUGGAGUUCGUGCAAUCACUUUUCAUCCAGAUGGGCAAACUCUUUUCUGUGGAUUGGAUGAUGCCUUAAAGGUUUAUUCAUGGGAACCAGUGAUUUGCCGGGAUGGUGCUGAUAUGGGAUGGUCAACACUUGGUGACUUAUGCAUCAAUGGAGGAAAGUUCAUUGGUUGUUCAUAUUACCGAAAUUCUAUUGGGAUUUGGGUCUCAGAUAUAUCGCAACUUGAGCCAUAUGAAGCUGGAUCUGAGGAUAAGAAAGGAAGCAUGGUGAAAAGAUUCAGUCUCUUGGAUGAUCAGUCGUCAGAGAGAAUGGGAAGUGGUCCAAGGUGCAGUUCAUCCCCAGAUUAUGAGACAAGAGAGAUAAAGAACAUAUAUGUUGACUCCACAGGUGGAAAUUUGAAUGUUGCGCAAAAUACAGGAUCUCUGAAAGUGACAUUGCCUUUGGAAUCAGGAAAAGUAGCUACUAUGGCGAGUGAGAAGCAGGAUGCAACAUAUUUUGGACAAACAGGAGAUAAGUAUUCUAGUAUGCGUAGUGUUGUAUCUCGGGAUAGUGAUUGUGGAGAGGAAUCUUCUUGUCCAGAAAGGGAAUCUAUCACUUUCUCAAGAACUAAAUCGGGUAUGUUGCUAGGACCAGCUCAUGUAAGAAAGGCGCUAGCAAAGUUUGAAAAUUCAAAGGAGUCCGUGGUUGUUCAAUCCAGAACUCGAAAGAACAGCGGAUUGGAUGUUCAAGAGGAGCCACACACUCAAAGUGUGUUCCUUUCAGAACAGAGUGGUAGUAAACCAUUUGAUGCGGAAGAGUCUACCAUCAAGGGUAUUACAGACAAGUUUGAAAAAGUUUUAUCAUCGGAAUCACCAACUGAUGAAACGAAUCGUAUGCUUCUUAAACCACCUCGUGUACAAAGGUCAUCGAAUAGCGAGUAUCAUGAGUCAAGACGAGCAAUAUCUGUUGAUUCUGGGACUUCUGAUAACAACAAAAGUGGGUUGGAGCACUCUAGAGACCGUGACUUGCCUACAGACACUGAACACCCUGGAGGCAGCAGAGAAUUAAAUCCCAUGAAGAUUGUUGGAGGAGUCAAAGUUGUCUCAGGGAGGACACGCUCGUUGGUUGAGAAGUUUGAGAGAGGAGAAAAAAGUACUCAUACCGAAGCAGCCAGUACCACCAUAGCUCAAAACACUAAUGCGGUGCAGGAAGAUCCGCAUACAACAUCAAGACAGACAGGACAAACUGCUGUAAUAUCAACACGACGAGCUAGGAGUACUCCAGCCAGAGUAAUGCCUAUUGUUCUCAAUCGGGAUAGUAACAUGACAUCUAAUGAGCCUCCUUUAACACAACCAGCUAGGACAUCUUCCGUUCCAGUGAUAUUCAGUCAAGCUACUAGUGUCACAUAUGAUGAGCCUUCUGUAACAUUAACACAACAAUCUAGAACUUCUCCAUCCCGGAGAUUGCCUGUGACAAUCAAUCAGGCGACAAAUAACGCAUCUAAUGAGGCUUCUGUAACAUCAAGGCGACCACGCAGGACUUCUUCAGCACGAGUAAAGCAUACGUCACUCAGUCAGGCAAUGGACAUGACAUCUAAUGAGUUUCCUGUAACAUCAUCACGUCCAUCUAGGAUUUCUCCAGCCCGUGUAAUGCCCACAAAACUAAAUCAGUCUGAUUAUGUGACAUCUGAUACAUCCCAUAUAGCAUCCAGGCACCGAGUUAGUCCAACUCAAAUGCUGGCUACACCAACUGUGAUUGAUCAGGUGGCCGAUAUGGCGCUGGAUGAGACACAUGUAGCACAAAUACAACCAGCUUGCGAGAACUUACCGCAGAAGGAAGAGCCUCAAAUAUCUGAAAGUGAAAAAGAUAGUGAAAUCACUGAUACUCUAAUGCAAACUCAUGAUGAGUUCUUAAGCACUCUUCAAUCGAGGUUGGCGAAGUUACAAAUUGUAAGACAUUUUUGGGAUCGUAACGAUGUUAAAGGUGCCAUCGGUGCAUUGAGAAAGCUGACAGAUCAGUCUGUUCAAGCAGAUGUGAUCAGUAUUCUAACCGACAAAAUAGAAAUUCUCACAUUGGAUAUGUUUUCUCAAUUGGUUCCUGUCCUCACAAGCUUAUUGGGUAGCAGGACAGAGAGGCCGGUAAAUGUCUCCUUGGAUAUGCUCUUGAAACUUGUAGCAGUGUUCGGUACAGUUAUACGCUCAACUGUCUCAGCUCCACGAAUUGUCGGCGUUGAUCUUCAUGCAGAUGAAAGGCUACAAAUCUGCCAAUUAUGUUCUGCGGGAUUGCACAAGAUUCAAAGGAUUCUUCCAGUUCUCGCAAGAAGAGGCGGUCUAAUAACUAGAAAGGCUCAAGAACUAAACCUAGUUCUUCAAGAGCCAUAGCCACAGGCAAAACCAUCAAUAAUCAUAUAACUGCUCGGCAAGUGGUUGUAAUGUACAUUGACAAGAAGCGUCUUGUGUCCAAUCUCACCGAGGUUUUUAUAUAUACGGAUUCAUAUAUCAUAGAGAGAGGCAGAGUCUUCUGCUGCUGCCUGCAGCCUGCAGGAAGGAGCUAUAUAGUCCCAGAAGAAAUACUUGGAAGCUAAUGGUUGUUGUAAAUCAUUUUUUGGCCUAAGUAGCUUCAAUUCUUGAUUUGUUGUUAUUCCGUGGAACUGCAACUCAUAUUGAUGUAAUUCUAAGUUUAGUUUCCUAACUGAUGAUGUGCUAAUGCCUGCCUUAGCAAUGGGUUUGUGUAGUCUUCUUAUUUGUCUAAUAUAUAUUCUACAACUUAACUGGUAAUUCAUAUUCUAUAAACUUUUGACACACAAAACAACAAUUUGCAAUAUGCA